AUGGAAAAACGAGCAUACGCACCGCACGAAUUGAAACCUGCUAUCGUCUCACAAGAAUUUAUUGCCGAGAAAAGAUAUGUGGUUGACAAGAUUAUGGGACACCGUAAGGACCCUGAGGCACCACAUCAAGAUCAAUACCUGGUACGAUGGAAAGAUUAUACGUCCGAAGACGACACCUGGGAACCACCAGAAAGCUUUGAUGAUCCAGGCAUCAUGCAUAAAUAUUGGCGUCAAAAGAAGAAGCAGCUUCCUGCUCAUCUCCUCCAAAACAACAAUAACAGCAAUAAGCGAAAACGCGGCAUACAACAAACAAAAUCAAACAAGCGUCUUGCAUCAUCUAAAACAUCCCGCCGCUAA